UCUGAACUGUCCCCUUGUUUGCUUCGAAGGCUUUAUUCCUUCAUCUAUCUCGGAUUCCUUUCGAGCUCCAGUUUUGAGAACAAGAACAAGCUUUAGCUGAAUCGCGCAGUUGCAGAACUCUUCGAUUUUCCACCUCUUUGCUCGAGGUAAGAGCUCGUGGUCUGAUAUUCUCGAAAUUUUGGUUCAUCUUUGAAAUUAGGGCUUUUGGAGAACAACGAAUCUUCGUAUUGUUUGACGUUUCAAUCUUCCGUUCGAAUUGGUGUUACGGAGCUAUGUUUGUUCGAUAAUAUCCUGGAGUCGAGAAGGUAGAGGAGUUAGAUAUUGCUUUCUUUUUUUUGCCCUCUCUUAUUGUGGAUGAAUUAGGGUUUCUAGUAUAUUAAAUUAUUUUCGGAUCUCGGAUGAGACACAGGGGAUCUGGAGGAAUAUUUAUUUUCGUCUGUCGGGGUAGAAGCUCGAGGUUCUCGCUGAAGAUUAUUGAUCCAAGACGGGUUUAUGAGAAUUAGGGAGUAAGGUUAUUUGUGUGGUCGAUUGAUAAGAAAUAUGUUAUUUAAGAACGGAGGAAGCCUUUUUUGUGUUCAUAAUCGCAGUUUGGUUAUCUGAAAAUGUGGAACUAGCUCUGAGAUUUUCUGUUGUUGUUUGAUCUCAAAUGGACAACGGAGAAGAAAAAUAUCCUUUGUCCGAGCGUUACAGUGGGAACCAUCGGGAAAGUUAUGGUUCUCUACCACGUUCGAAGAUUCCUCACCGGGAUGCUUCUUAUUCAAGGCCAGUCGCCAAUCAGUAUGUAGAUGAUGACGUUGAGGAUGAUGAUGAAGAGGAGGAAGGACUUGGUGAUGAAGAGGAUGAAAAUGAUCAGAACAAUGGUUUUGCUCACACAAGUGAAGAAGUAGACGAUGGCGAUGAUGAGGAUGAUUUUGAUAUGGAUGAAGACGACAAGCAGAACAAUACUGUCAAAUUGGAUGAUGUUGAUUUGGAGAGACACCCGAAGAAGCGGCGUCUGAAGAAUUUGGUAUCGAAUUAUGAACUUGCUCCUCGUAUGCCAGCAUCAUCAUCUGUGACUAUGGCACAAAAAUCGUUUGUUGGGGGCAGAAAUUCAUUGACAGAUUGGAAUGAACACGAAACAGUUGUUCUUCUAGAUGCCUGGGGCGAACGGUUUCUUCAACACGGGAGGAAAAGUCUCCGAUCUGAGGAAUGGCAAGAGGUUGCUGAGAAGGUGUCUGAGGUUUCUAAGAUUGACAGGACUGACACACAAUGUCGAAACCGCCUUGAUACGUUGAAGAAGAAGUAUAAGAAGGAAAAAUCCAAGUCAACCGAAAUGGGUGGAUCUACAAGCAAAUGGGUUUACUUCAAGAAAAUGGACAUGUUAAUGUCUUCACCCCCUAACCAAGGUGGCCUCUCAUGCGGGUUAGAUUCGGGAGAGUACGUGUUCAUGAACCCUAGAGCUUAUCUGAACCGUGCAAAUGGGUUCGAUGAGAUGAGAGACAGCCCUGAUAAUUCAGAAUCGGAUGAUUGUGAAGACGAUGAACUGGACGGGCUUCCCCCUAAGAAAAGAAUGCAUGGGAGGAACAGCGAUGAUGGCUCUUCAUUCAGAAUGCUAGCCGACUCCAUUCACAAGUUCAGUGAAAUUUAUGAGAAAAUAGAGAGCAGCAAAAGACAUCAAAUGAUGGAGUUGGAGAAGAUGAGGAUGGAUUUCUUAAGAGAUUUGGAGCUACAGAAAAGGCAGAUUAUGGAGAGCGCCCAGGCAGAGAUCGCGAAACUUGGGCAGGGCGGCGACGACGAGGAGUAUGGUGCCUCCGCCAAAAGUGCCAGUGGUUAAUGUAAUCUUAAAUCCAAAACUUGGGCAGGGCGGCGACGAGAGGACGAGGAAUAUGUUAUUCAGCUGUCUGUAUAAAUACAUGGGAGGCCUCUCCCCUAUUAUUCAUAUUUAGAUGGAACCGUUCUUACUUUUGACAACAAUAAUAGAAUUACAGGAUUAUUAUUCACUUC